GCUCCGACUGCAUGAAGAAAAGGUCAUUAAAGAUCGGCGUCACCACCUUAAGACGUACCCGAACUGCUUCGUUGCCAAAGAGCUGAUCGACUGGCUGAUUGACCAUAAAGAGGCCUCGGACCGAGAGACGGCGAUUAAACUGGUGCAGAAAUUAUUGGAUCACAGCAUUAUCCACCAUGUCUGUGAUGAGCAUAAAGAAUUCAAGGACGUCAAAUUGUUCUACCGCUUCAGAAAAGAUGACGGGACAUUUCCACUGGACAAUGAGGUGAAGGUGUUCAUGAGAGGACAAAGACUGUAUGAAAAGCUGAUGAGUUCUGAAAACACCCUUUUGCAAGCCAGGGAGGAGGAAGGAGUCAAGUAUGAACGGACCUUCGUGGCAUCGGAGUUCAUUGACUGGCUGAUCCAGGAAGGAGAGGCCACGACACGGACUGAAGCAGAGCAGCUUGGCCGCAGACUUUUGGAGCAUGGGAUUAUACAGCACG